AUGGAACCGGUUUGGGGGAUAUUAUUUGGACUUGAAGAAGGUACCCCAACGAUUUCUCUACGGCGCCAAGAAGAGGUGAUCGGACGGUCGAUAAUAAGUGAGUCUGAAGUAUUAAUAUCAAGCCGUCACUUCAAAAUAAUCAAGCGAGACAUUAGUGGUGAAAACACAUAUGUUCUGAUAGACACUUCUUCCAAUGGAACGUUUCUGAAUGAUAUGGACAAGCGACUUCCCAAAAAUGAGGAGAUCAUUAUCACGAGUUUUGACGUCAUUUUUCUCUUACGACUUGCAAAUCUAAAAACAGGGGAACAGCAUCUUCGUUCAUUUGUAUUUGUCGAUCGACAGACGUACAUGGAGACUAAAGAGAUCUUCAAAGAGUACAUUAUUGGUCGUCUCCUUGGUAUUGGGUGUUUUGGGAAGGUGUUUGUGGCGACCACCAAACAGGACAAAACGUCAUUUGCGCUCAAGGUGAUGAAAAAGACGUCGGACAAAUUGAAGGAAAAGUCCAAACAAGAGUACGACCUGAUGCGCACGGUGUCGCACCCUAAUAUCGUCGAAGUGAAAUCCCUUCACAUGUACACCGACUUCAUUUUCUUAGUCAUGGAAUUGAUCACCGAUGGGUGUCUCUUUGAUUAUGUCUAUCGCCACGUCUUGGAAGUGGACGAAAUUCGGACGAUCAUCACAGACGUCUUGAAAGCUCUUCUGUUUCUUCACGACAACAAAAUAGUCCACCGCGAUGUCAAAAUGGAGAAUGUGUUAUUAGUGUUCUCCGACAACCCCAUUGACCCUUCCAAAAAGAAGAUCACGUCGAAAUUAACUGACUUUGGUCUGGGAAGAUUUGUGGGGGACGACUUUAAGGCAAGCACAUUAUGUGGGACACAUAAUUAUAUACCACCAGAGAUAUACAAAGGCGCAGUGGUCAAGCAAAAGAUGACAAAGCAAAUCGAACAACUCAAUUUGGAGGAAUGUAAGAAGAAGAAAGUGACUGACGCGAUGGACAAGAAAAUCCGGUACGAUGCGGGAGAGGCUGAUGUGUGGUCUUGUGGUGUGAUGCUCUACGAGAUGACGCUUCGGAAGAAUCCGUUUGAGUCGAUGGUCUCGAAAGACGAAAAGAGCGAAUCGUCGGAGAGUAAAUCGAAGCACGACAAUCGAGCCGUGUCUUUCAUCUUAAAGGGCGAGUUUUGUAAAGACGACCAAUACACGAAAGUCGACGAGGAGUUACGAGACUUGAUUGAACAUAUGUUAGUAGUCAAUCCGGAGGAACGAUUCACUGUUGCACAAUGUUUGGAACACUCAUUUAUUCAAGGCCGGAAGCACCCAAUGGACUCAACCAAAUUGUAA